AUGCUGACUGUAGCAGAAGGAAUCCUCCUUUGUUUUGCAACUAGUGGUUCAGUUCUGGGAGUUCUAGGGAAUGCAUUUAUCCUGCAUGCAAACUGCAUUAACUGUGUCAGGCGGAAGUUCUCCAUAGCUUGCUUUAUUUUCACAGGCUUGGCUAUUUGCAGAAUCUGUGUCAUAUGUAUAAUAAUCUCUGAUGGAUAUUUAAAAUUAUUUUCUCCACAUAUGGUUGCCUCUGAUGCCCAUAUGAUAGUGAUUGCUUACAUAUGGGUAAUUACCAAUCACACAAGUAUAUGGUUUGGCACCAGCCUCAACCUCUUCUAUUUCCUGAAGAUAGCAAAUUUUUCUCACUACAUCUACUUCUGCUUGAAGAGAAGAAUCAAUACAAUAUUUAUCUUUCUCCUGGGAUGUUUAUUUAUAUCAUGGUCAAUUGCUUUCCCACAAAUAGCGAUGAUAUUUAAUGUUCAACAAAGAAAUGCUUCUUGGCAGUUUUACCUCCAUAAGAAUGAGUUCAUUGUAAACCACAUUCUUCUCAACCUGGGAGUUAUAUUCUUCUUUAUGGUGGCUAUUGUUACAUGCUUCCUAUUAAUUAUUUCACUUUGGAAACAUAACAGAAAGAUGCAGUUGUAUGUCUCAACAUUCAAAAGCCUUAACACGGAAGUUCAUGUGAAAGUCAUGAAAGUUUUAAUUUCUUUUAUUAUCCUGUUAAUCUUGCAUUUCAUAGGUAUUUUGAUAGAAACAUUAAGCUUUUUAAAAUAUGAAAAUAAACUGCUACUUAUUUUGGGUUUGAUAAUUGCAUGCAUGUAUCCUUGCUGUCAUUCAUUUAUCCUAAUUCUAGCAAACAGCCAACUGAAGCAGGCUAUUUUGAAGGCACUGAAGCAACUAAAAUGCCGUAAGAAAGACAAGGACGUCAGAGUGACAUGGUAG